UGGGUAAAUACAGUGUGAACGUGCUGAGAUUGCAGUACGAGAUUGUGGGGACGCCGUGAUCACACGUACUACACACAGGCUACGGCAGUUCUAGCGUCAUAACACGAGUUAGGACAGUCCAAAUAUAAGAAUGACGUUAGUUCAGACCCCCAUGGUCUGGCUGUGUCUGGUCUGUGCCGUCUUGGUCAGCGUGCCGGUGUGGGUGGGCGGACGGGAGUCCAGGGCGUCCGGACAGUCGUUCGACUCGGUGCCCAGGAUGACGUCACAAGUGCGGCAGAACUUCCACGAGGACUGUGAGGCGGGAUUGAACAAGCAGAUCAACCUGGAGCUGUACGCUUCGCAGGUCUACAUGUCCAUGGCGUCCUACUUUGGCCGUGAUGACGUUUCCCUCCACAACUUUCAAAAGUUCUUCAACCACGCCUCGGACGAGGUGCGCGAGCAUGCGCGGAAGCUGCAGAGUUACCAGGCCAUGCGUGGAGGGAGAGUCGUUCUUCAGACAGUACAGAAACCUGAGCGUGAUGAGUGGGGCAGCGGACUGGACGCCAUGAGGGCCGCCCUGGCGCUGGAGAAGAACAUCAACCAGGCGCUUCUGGACCUGCACAAGGUGGCGGGCAGCAGGAACGACCCACAGAUGCAAGACUUCCUGGCGAGUGAGUUCCUGGGCGACCAGGUCCACUCCAUCAAAGUGCUGGGGGAUCACGUCACCAACCUGAAGCGUACAGGCGCGGGACUAGGAGAGUACAUGUUCGACAAGUUCACUCUCGGGAAGGACGAGCUGUGAGACCGCCGCUAUUUUCCGUCUCGUAAACAGUCUGGUUGUCGCCUUUUGAAACGGUCGAUGGCAUAUCGCAGAACGGCUAACUAAGUGUAUCAGCACGGUCCAUCCACACCGUGAUGUUUUGUGGUGUAGAGGUUUAGUGUAUAAGUUAGGGUUUUAGAGCUACGGUUUUUGAUCCGGGUUCAAAUCCGAGCUUGUGAUUUUUCUUUUUUCGAAUCCGCUAAUGCCGUUACUAUUUUUCAUGAUCCUUCCUUACAUUUGCAAUUCGAAUGUUGCUUUUCGUAGUAUACAUUACGUUUUAUACGUUUUUGGACCUCAAAAAAGUUAUGAUACGCUCGGAUACGGCAUC